CGGGCCAAGGCGGAGACGCGCGGAAUUUGGCCUUCGGAAAGGGCCCCCGGACCGGGCUCACGGGGAGAGCCGAGGGACGCCGCAAAGAGCCGAGUAGAGCCGGAGAGACCCGAGUGUGACCGGAGGAGCCUGGGCUAGCCGGAAGCAGAGCCGAGCGCGGCCGGAAGGAGCCGAGCCCAUCCGAAGGCGGCUGAGCGCGGUUGGGCGUUGGGCCCGGCCAAGCCCGCGCCAUGGCGGCCGAAGGGACAGCUGCGGCCGGAGGCGGGGCUGUCGGCGGCCGCCUGGCCAAGGACAGUUUGCGGCAGUCUAAGUGCCCGGACGCGGCCCCGAACGCGCGGCGCGGCUCGGCGCUGUCGCGUGACGCCGAGCGCCGAGCCUACCAGUGGUGCCGGGAGUACUUGGGCGGGGCCUGGCGCCGAGCGCGGCCCGAGGAGCUGAGGGUGGACCCCGUGAGCGGGGGCCUCAGCAACCUGCUCUUCCGCUGCGCGCUGCCGGACCACCUGCCCAGCGUGGGCGCGGAGCCGCGGGAGGUGCUGCUGCGGCUGUACGGGGCCAUCCUGCAGGGCGUGGACUCCUUGGUCCUCGAAAGCGUGAUGUUCGCCAUCCUUGCAGAGCGGUCGCUGGGGCCCCAGCUCUACGGAGUCUUUCCAGAGGGGCGGCUGGAACAGUACAUCCCAGUACGAGCCCAGCCCGGCCCCGACCUCCCCACGGCACCUCCUUCCCCAGCCCCAUCCCCCUUCCCAGUGUCUGCCUUCACAUCCCUCACCCCAGGUUCCUGGGUGCAGAGCCGGCCACUGAAAACGCGCGAGCUUCGAGAGCCAGUGUUGUCGGCGGCCAUUGCCACGAAGAUGGCCCAGUUCCACGGCAUGGAGAUGCCUUUCACUAAGGAGCCCCGCUGGCUGUUUGGGACCAUGGAGCGGUACCUAAAGCAGAUCCAGGACCUGCCCCCGACUGGUCUCCCCCAGAUGAACCUGCUGGAGAUGUACAGCCUGAAGGAUGAGAUAGGCAACCUCAGGAAAUUGCUAGAUUCUACCCCAUCACCAGUGGUCUUCUGCCAUAACGACAUCCAGGAAGGGAACAUCUUGUUGCUCUCAGAGCCAAAAGAUGCUGACAGCCUCAUGCUGGUCGACUUUGAGUACAGCAGUUAUAACUACAGGGGCUUUGACAUUGGGAACCAUUUUUGUGAGUGGGUUUAUGAUUAUACUCAUGAGGAGUGGCCUUUCUACAAAGCGCAGGCUGCAGACUACCCCACCCGGGGACAGCAGCUCCAUUUUAUUCGCCAUUACCUGGCAGAAGUAAAGAAAGGUGAGACCAUCUCCCAAGAGGAGCAGAGAAAACUGGAAGAAGAUUUGCUGGUAGAGGUCAAUCGGUAUGCUCUGGCAUCCCAUUUCUUUUGGGGUCUCUGGUCCAUCCUCCAGGCGUCUAUGUCCACCAUAGAAUUUGGUUACUUGGUAAAUAACCCAGGAGUAUGCCCAGUCUCGAUUCCAGUUCUAUUUCCAGCAGAAGGGGCAGCUGACCAGCUUCCACCCCUCGUCCUGACUCUCCGACCCCCAAUUCCCUGGAUUUUUCCCCGCGCCUCCAGGGCAGGACCUUGGAGGGAGGCGCAAAGAACAGGAGGCCCUGGGGACUGGGCUGAGCCCCCUGGAGUAAGACUGGGGUUGAGGAGGCUAACCUCUCCCCAGGUUUGAGCAGGUCCUCAUGGCAGGCGAGUGGGCAGGAGCCUCUGGGCUGUGUACCUUAAGACAAUAAACAAGCUUCUUCCUUCA